AUUUAAUUGUACAAUGAAUUUAAAUCCACAUCGUUUUGUUUAAAUUUUGUACAAAUUUUUAAACCCUAUCAGUGAUAGACUAUCACACUAUGAAUAUAAUAUUUAAAAAUAUAGCAGAGUUUUUGCCAACAACUUAUUUGAUAGCAUUAAUUUCCAUUGGAUUUGUAUAUUUGAUAUUCAAAUUCUACAGUCGGGACAAUAGCCGGGAGAAGGGGGACAGGAAUGUGAAGGUCGGGAGUCCGACGUCAUUGUAUGAUUUAAUAUGGAAAAAACAAUUGCCUGAAGUGUCACAACUGGAAGCGGUGAAAAAACAUGGUCAAUUGUUCUCCUAUUCCAUGUUGGGCAAGACGGCCAUCAUGUGUACCAGACUUGAUUUUAUAAGCCAAGUGUUGAGCAAAGAGUUUACCACUUUUACUAACAGAACGAGUGUGUUCGCCGGAAGUGAUGCCAUAACUGACAAUAUGUUAAGCCUAUCACUCGAUGACCAGUGGAAACGCCUGCGGGCUAUAGUGUCGCCCACUUUCUCAACCGGAAAGUUACGCAAAAUGCGGCCUUUGAUUGACGAUUGUUUGCAGACAUUAAUCAAAAAUAUUGGCAAAAUGUCGGCAAACAGUGACCACUCGGUGGACAUGAAGACAGUUUAUGGCGCGUAUACUAUGGAAGUGAUAAUACAAGUGGCGUUUGGGACAAAAGUGGACGCACUUAUUGACGACAAGAAUCCCAUUAUAUUGAAUGCCAAGAAACUAAUGGAUAACGUAUCGCUCGGUAGUCUCCCGAAGCUCAUGAUGAUCAUGUUGUGGCCAAAGUUUGCCAAAUGCUUGGGCUUCACAUUAUUUCCGCAAUCGGUUCUCGCAUUCUUUGCCGAUUUAGUCCGUAAGAUAAUCGCUGAGCGCCGCACCGGUCAGGGAUCAGACGGUGCGAAGAGGUAUGACUUUUUGCAGCUCUUAUUGGAUGCGAACGAUAGGAAUAAUGAGGAAAAUAGUGAUGAGAGCCGCAAACCAGAGGCAAAGGAUGAGACGACAACUUCUUUGUUAUUAAAUACAAAAAGUUUGUCAGACGAGGAGAUGAUAUCGCAAUGUGUGCUGUUUUUUACGGCCGGUUACGACACGACAGCCAACACUAUGGCGUACGCCAUAUAUCUGUUGACUGAAAACCCGGAAUCGCAGCAAAAGUUAUUUGAAGAAUCAAAGAGUGUUAUUGAGUCCAAAGAAGACAUCGAUUACGAUGCCAUUGAAAGGCUUGAAUACCUAAACGCCGUUCUCAUGGAAACACACCGUCUGUUCCCACCGGUGCUGAUACUGGAAAGGGAGGCCUCACAUGACAUCACAUUGACCGGUGAUGGAGGCGCUGAUGAUUUCAUUAGGGUAUUCAAGGGUGAUAUCAUUCAAAUCCCUGUAUACGCACUUCAUAAAGACCCGGAACAGUUUAAAGAUCCUGAUCAAUUUAAACCGGAGAGAUUUUUGUCCGGCAAUAUCGCACACCACCCGUACGCUCACCUGCCGUUUGGCGCCGGACCGCGUAAUUGUGUGGCCAAACGGUUGGCCCUAAUGGAGGCUAAGUUAGCUAUACUUUACUCAGUAUAUAACUAUCGGUUUGAAAUCAGCGACAAAACAUCGCGUCCGCCAAAACGGGACUCAAAUUUAGGAUUAAUUAAUCCGAAAGAAGUUGUGCUUAAAGUCGAGAAACGCGUUCAUUGA